AUGGCUACUCCCACGGACCCCCUCAACUUUAUCCCCGCAGACAUAUUCUUCCCUACCGUUGCAAACUUCACCAAACCCUCUGAGAUCCUCACCGUUGAAUCAACCACAUCAACAUCCCCCAGCGACCCUCUUCGCUAUGCUGCUCACAUCACUCUGAAGGGUGAGCCCAACACUCACUGUCUAGUCCAGUUUGCAUCGCCGCAGAUCUGGAGAGUCAGGUACAAUCCAAAGUACACUGCCGUGUCGGAUUAUGAUGAUUUCAACUCGCGCACUAUCGUGAGAGAUACCUUCUCGAGCUUGGUAGAUGAUCUUCAGCAGGAGUAUAAAGACUCCGAGGCUUGGAACUCGCCUAUUGCUAAGGAGGGAUGGUUUUGGAAGACAACUUUUGAGCAGAAAGCUCCAGACCAUUGGGUCCUUACAACCGUUGAGUACGAGACCAAGGAAUCCACUGGUGUUACAAAUACAGCUCUUCACUUCUUCGCAUCCCCAUUCCGCAUUGUCGCGACGAGAAAACUCAAGCCUCUCGACGCAGACCCAGCGUUUUUGAAGACCGUGGGUAUCGACACUGUGUCUGAGUACGAGGAGAUCAUCUGGCAGACUACAGAGGAGACUUUCUCGUAUCAAGGUAAUCCAAGCAUCGGCGCUGUGAACAAUGUCGUUCUCAAUAUCAAGAAGCCUGGACCAGCAGCGUAUCUUGGCUUUGGAGAACAGGGUGGGCGAACUGUUAUCAAGAAGCCCACUUACCUCAACUUCUUCUGUUAUGACAACUUCAACUACUCCAAAGUCUAUGGUCUUGGAGCCCUGGAUACUCGAGAGCCGCUGUACCACUCUACACCUUUCUUUCUGGAGAUGAACGGCACUCCGGAUCGGAAGAAUGUCACAGGUGUCAUGGUGGACAACUACUCUCAAGUUGCCAUUGACCUUGGAAAGAAUGAUUCGCACACCAUCAGUAUUGCUACACGCUUCAACACCUUUGACGCAUGGAUUCUCACGGCCGACGAUGUGCCAAGGAUGAUUUGGCAAUACACCUCCAUUGUCGGACGACCUAAGCUCAAGCCUCGUUUCAUUCUGGGACAUCACCAAGCAUGCUACGGUUACUCCAACGAAGUCACUGUGAACAACGUCGUACAACGGUACAGAAAUUCCGAUAUCCCAUUGGAUGGGAUGCAUCUCGAUGAUAAAUACCGUACCUUUACCAGCAGCGACUAUGGCUUCCCCAACGUAGGAGCUUUCCUGAACGGUCUCAAGGCAAAGGGCGUCAAGAGCUGCACCAACAUCACCCCCAUCCUCACCAUUCGUCCCUCAAACCAAGGUCCCUACAAAACACUGGACAGCUUCUGGGAUGUGAACGACAAGAAGAAUCCAGAGACCAAUCUUCUGGUCGCUGAUAAGCGAUAUCUGGACGGUCUGCCAAACAACCAACCUCUUUGCUGGCGCUACGACGGCGGUCUGCAGAACCUUGACCCCAAUAACGUUAACCAGCGUGAGAGAUUUGCAGACUACAUCGGCGCUCCUGACUAUAGAGAUGACUACAACUUUUCUGAGAAUUAUAACAGUGGAUAUCCCUUCCAUGGCGGUGUCAGCUAUGGCACUAACCUCGGAACUCCCGGAUUCUAUCCUGAUCUGAACAGAAAAGCUGCGAGGAAGAAGUGGGGAGAGCAGUAUCAGUACCUCUUUGACAACGGUCUCGAAUUCGUCUGGCAAGACAUGACAACUCCCGCUGCCGCGAAAUGCUACGGCGAUUCUCUCGGUUUCCCCUCCCGUCUCCUCAUGACAGACGACUCCUACACCAACCCCCCCAAGACCAAAACCGCCAUCGAGCUCUGGAGCCUGUACUCCUACAACCUCCACAAAGCAACGUACCACGGUCUCAACAAUCUCAAGGGCCGCGAGAACAAACGCAACUUCAUCAUCGGUCGCGGAAGCCAGACCGGCAUGCACCGCUACGCUGGGCUGUGGACCGGCGAUAACGGUAGCUCGUGGGACUUUUUCAGAAUCUCUGUUGCGCAGGUUCUUGCGCUGGGGUACAGCGGUUUGAGUAUCGCGGGUGUGGAUAUGGGUGGUUUCACGGCGGAUCCGGCUAACAAGCUGCCGAAUCCGAGGUGGAAUCAUUAUUUGCAGCAUCCGGAGGCGAGUUCGGGAGGUUGCAAAGCUUUUCAGGAACCCUGGGCUUAUGACGAUAUCCUACAUAACUUCCCUGGUCCUCUUCCCCCUGACCAGGCUGCACUGUAUCGCUCCGUUGUGCCUGUUUGUAGGUACUACGUGCAGCUUCGAUACUCGCUCCUUCAAGUCCUGUACGACUACAUGUUUGCCAACCUGAUCAACGGUCUACCAGUCGCACGUGCAAUGCUUGUCACGGAUCCCUUUGACACAAGUCUGUUCAACUCCAACCAGGGAUUUAUCGAUAACCAGUACCUUCUGGGCCAUAACAUCCUGGUUUGUCCUCAGGUUGAGGAAAAGGCAGGACGUCGCGAUGUCUAUCUUCCAAACUCGGACAAAUGGUAUCCCUCCAACCUUCGGGUCAACAACCAAGGUUUUGGACCGGAUCCGAUUCUCAAACAUGCUGCUGUAUUGCAGAAAGCAGCUCCUGGUGGCAAGAUCGUGGACUAUGAUUGCCAUAUCCCUGAUGCCGUCGCCGCUCCGGAGCAGGUAGCCUACGUUACUCCUGUGUAUAUCAGAGGAGGUGCUAUCAUUCCCCAACUUGAUGUUCGUCAGUGGGUGAAGGAGGGCGAUCUGAACCCGCCGACCAUUCAUGUAUACCCAGGUGGCAAGACUACUGAGCCUACUUCAUACUCGAUGUAUCUGGAUGACGGUGUCAGCCGAGACAGUGCACCCAUCGAGCUGCCCCAGCACAAAUACAAAGAUGCAGCACUAUACACCAAAGCAAAGGGUAUCUACCGCGAAGUCAAGAUCACCCAGGAAACCACCAAGACAAACCGUAAAAUCACCAUUCGGCACCAAUGGGACGGCUACGAUGCCAAAGCAACCGUCGGCGAUACCUACAACUUCGCCGUGUGGACUGUCCAAGCAACUGCACCGCCUGAGUCACAGAUUAAUGUUGAUUUUGAGGAUGAAAAUGGCAUGACUGUUAUUGAUUCUGGAUUGACGUCGACUUACAUCGCAGGUCGUGGUGUUUUGACGGUUAGUGUACCGGUGCAUCUUGUGCCGUCGCUCAAGACACCUCAGAAUUAUACGCAGGGCUCUUUUGCGGAUCGGUAUCUGGCUAUUAAUGUCAGUGGGUUGCCUUGA